ACCCAGCAUAACAAUAUACCUUACGCUGUAUACAUAGCGACAUCCGAGCGGUCGUUCAUGGUCGACAUCCAGGGUCGACAUUCGGGGUCGACAUCUUAACCAUUAUAGAGCGGCGACAACCUGUUGGUACUUUGGAGAAAGGACAGUCUUUUCUGAGGAGAGGGCCACUCCAUACUGCUGCAGUACAAGUGGCCACAAUGAAAAGGGGCAAAUAAAAUAUGAGCUCAAAGAGUAAAAAGGACAAAAAACGAAGCAAGUUAGACCAACUUCUUCACAUUGAUCAUAGCGACGUCUACUUCGAAAACGAGCGACUAGACACAGAACUAGCUCGAACAAUCGAGCAACUAUGCAAGGACUUCCACCGCGUUACUUCGCAGCAUGAACUGGAUAUCGUUGAUCAAAAAGAGACCAUUGUCGGCCUAAAAGCAAUACAGAGCACAUCAGAACACCCACUCCUAGCCCCAUCUACCAACAAACAACGCCGUCCACGUCCGAAAACGAAAAAGAAGAAAGAUUCAGACUCAGAAGACUCAUGGGCUGGUGAUUCUGAUUCUUCCGAGGAUUUUUCAUUCAGGAAACCUACAGGUAAAACCCGAUCCCUGCCGAACGGUGGGGCAAACGAAGAGGAAGACGAAAGACAGAGAGUUGCGAGGCUACGUCGCAUCAAUAAAAACAAAAGAAAGAAAUUUCCGAAGGAGUGGUAUACGUCUGUUCUCCCAGCGACCGACGUCCCAAUUCCUCGGAUUCGCAGACAACAAUCGGCUCCACCAGGUACAAAAGGACAAAGGCCCUCAACCAAUUUGAAUUCUAGGGCAAAAUCAUCGAACCCAUUUCAUAGAACCAUGUCAACUACAACAAUAUCAAGCCGCCCGGAAUCAGAGGGUGGACUAAGGAUUAUAUGUGAUAAACCUGUAAAACCCGUUGUCAUGUCGUUACGUAAACUGAAGGAAAUAUCCCACGUAGACAACUUAGCAGAUAGAAUACCAAACAAACGGGCCAUUCGACAGCAGGGUCUUCUACAAGCAACGAAAGCACGUCGGGAAGAGCUAGAUGAUGAAGUGAAAAGCUUCAUAAAAACAAUUGACGAUAAAAUCCUUAAGGAUGAAGAGGAUAUUAAAGAGAAGGAGGCUGAAAAGGACUCGGAAGCCAUGUAUGCGGAAUUACUAAGUCCUCCUGACCAGCCACCAUAACAAAUAUCUUAACUAGUCGUCUGGGAUAUAAUAUCAUUAAGAGUUUUGUGAGGUGCAUGGUUCGUGUCUCAAACGUCAUAUGAACGCUUUAUUUUUAAAAAUUGACUUUAUUAUGUGCAGAUAACAUUUGUUACCAGCAUCAUGUGAACGUUUUGUUUCAUAAUGUGAGCUUUGUAUGUGGUACCAUUGUCACGUACACGUUUUGUUUCAUAAAGUGAACUUUGUACAUGGUACCAUGGUCAUAUGAACGUUUUGUUUCAUAAAGUGAACUUUGUACAUGGUACCAUUGUCUUGUGAACACCCUUUGCACUAUAAUCAACGGUUGAAUUGAGCUGUAGAAAUACAUUGCAUGGCCAUGGAUCUUGGUGUGUCAAUCGGUGCUGAUAGAUCUUAUAUUAAGUUGUGUUCUGUCACACUAAGGUUUGUCAAGUCUACCAUCACGUAUACAAGUAAUUGUACUCAUUUUUAUGGUACAAUCAUGUAUAUGAGUAAUCGUAAACAUUUUGUAAUCAGGGAAUGAUUUCCUAUUUGUGCCUUUUGUUUUUUUGUUUUAUGUAUCAAAUUAAAUAGGAAAUAAAACGAAU